AUGCUUCCACUAUCAACAGGGAAUCUUUCCACGUCUCUUAUAAGGUUUUUCGCCUACAGUUGCAAAAUCAAAGGGCGAAUUCCUAGCAUAGUUGGAAACUUAAGCAGCUUAUUAUUCCUUGAUUUUACUGGAAACAACUUGGUUGGAUCAAUUUCCACAUCAAUUGGCAACUUGAGAAACCUUCGGUGCUUCAACUUGAGUGACAACAAACUUACAGGAUUUAUUGGAGAUAACAUUUGUAAAUUGCAGCAUUUGGGUGAAAUUUACAUGGGACAAAAUCAACUUUCAGGAUCUCUUCCUAAUUGUUUAGGGAAUGUCACUUCCCUUAGAGAGAUACGUUUGGGUUACAAUAAAUUGAGUUCCAAUAUCCCAACAAGCUUAGGGAAUCUUAAAGAUUUAGUGGUUCUUGACUUAUCGUCAAACAACAUGGUUGGUUCUUUACCUCCAGAGAUUGGAAAUCUAAAGGCUGUGACACUGAUGGAUCUGUCGAUGAAUUAA